UCCGGGCCACGCCGCUUAGUCCGGGGGCGGGGUCAACGGCUGACCCCUCACCCCCUCCUGGCCUCUGGUCUCCAAGCCUUUCCCGCAUCCUCGCCCCUGGCCUCUCAUGGCACCAGGGAGGAGUCGCAAGCGCUAAAGUAUCUGCCCCUCCAACCCCGAGCCCCUCGGGACCGAGCCGAUCAGCACCCCCCCACUUCCGCGAAGGGACAUGGGCGGGCUCACGAAAUGGGCCCUCGGCCCGGGGGCGGAGUUUUUCCUAAGGGCCGACCUCCAUCCCCGAGGGCUCUGCACUCCCCUGGGCAAGCAGACAUGGGAGAUGGCGCCGGUGUUGCCCCUGGUGCUGCCCCUCCAGCUCCGCAUCCGUCUGGCUCAGGGGCUCUGGCUCCUCUCCUGGCUGCUGGCACUAGCUGGCGGCCUCACCCUCCUCUGUAGCGGUCACCUCCUGGUCCAGCUGUGGCAUCUUGGCACCUUCCUGGCCCCCUCCUGCGCGUUCUCUGCCCUACCCCAGACUGCCUUGGCAGCAGGCAUAGUGGCUCUGGGCUUGGGACUUGGGGGAGCCGAAGCCAGCCGGGCAAGUCUGAAUGCAGCUCAGUACCCUCCCUGGCGAGGGGUCCUGGGCCCACUUCUAGUGGCUGGCACUGCUGGGGGUGGGGGGCUCCUGGUCUUUGCCCUUAGUCUAGCCCUGUUUUUGCCUGGGAGUCUGGAUGCGGGGUUGGAGGAAGGUCUGGGGACUGCCUUGGUUCACUACAAGGACACAGAGAUGCCUGGGCACUGUCAUGCCAAACGGCUAGUGGAUGAGCUGCAGCUGAGACACCAUUGCUGUGGCCGCCACGGGUACAAGGAUUGGUUUGGGGUCCAGUGGGUCAGCAGCCGUUACCUGGACCCAAGUGACCAGGACGUGGUUGCCCGGAUCCAAAGCAAUGUGGAAGGUCUAUACCUGAUUGAUGGGGUCCCUUUCUCCUGCUGCAACCCCCACUCACCCCGGCCUUGCCUGCAAAGCGGACUCUCAGACUCAUUUGCUCACCCCCUUUUUGAUCCCCAACAACCCAACCUAAACCUCUGGGCCCAAGGGUGCCAUGAAGUGCUGCUGGGGCACCUGCAAGGCUUGGCAAGGAAACUGGGCAGCAUGCUGGCUGUCACCUUCCUGCUGCAGGCUGUGGUGCUCCUCGGCCUGCGAUACUUGCAGACAGCGCUCGAAGGGCUUGGCGGGGUCAUCGAUGGAGAAGGAGAGACCCAGGGCUAUCUCUUUUCUGGUGGGCUAAAAGACAUGCUGAAAACAGCAUGGCAACAGAGAGGAGUUGCCCACAGGCCAGCACCUGAGGAAGCACCUCCCAAGGAGGCCUAGAGUGUGGGGUGUGAGAUGCGGGAAUGACGGAGGGAUGGACACAUCUGGAAACCUCACAAGGCUCCAGGCUGGGGACAAGAGGUCCCUGGAACGAAUGAGUUUAAGGAUUGCAAGCUGGACUACGGAAGGGAGAAAACCAGGGACCCUAGGGUCAGAACCACCAGGGAACAGGAAAGAACAGGGUGAUGGGAAAGGACAUAGAACUACAGACUGCUUCUGGCACACAGACUCAAUAAAGUUAUGGACGGAGGCCACUGCUCUUUCUUGUCAAGGGGAUGGGAGCCCUGAGAGAACCGAUUUCUGCUUGAGAAGCCUGGGCUCCAAA